UUUGAGAAAGCGGAUAUGGUUGGUCCGCCAUAAUCGUGUGGGUCUGUGCUUGUGUGGUUGGGGUGUAUUGCCGGUGCCAACCAUUAUUUUUAAUUAGUAGUAAGUUAUGCGUAUGAAUCCAGACAUGGACGAUGAUGAGAAGGGAAAACUGUUCGUGGGCGGGCUAUCAUGGGAGACGUCGCAGGAGAACCUGCAGCGCUACUUCUCGCGCUACGGCGACGUGAUCGACUGCGUGGUGAUGAAGAACAGCGAGUCGGGCCGCUCCAGGGGCUUCGGCUUCGUCACCUUCGCGGAGCCGUCGCUGGUCAACGUGGUGCUGCAGAACGGGCCUCACCAGCUGGAUGGAAGGACCAUCGACCCGAAGCCGUGCAACCCUCGUACCCUGCAGAAGCCGAAGCGCGGCGGCGGCUACCCGAAGGUGUUCCUCGGCGGUCUGCCCUCCAACAUCACGGAGACCGACCUGCGCGUGUUCUUCGGCCGCUACGGCAAGGUCAUGGAGGUCGUCAUCAUGUACGACCAGGAGAAGAAGAAGUCCAGAGGCUUCGGAUUCCUGUCGUUUGAGGAGGAGAUGUCCGUUGAGAGGGUCACCCAGGAGCACUUCAUCAACCUCAACGGAAAACAGGUGGAGAUCAAGCGCGCGGAGCCGCGCGACGGGUCCGGCAAGCUGGGCUCGGGCGGCAUGGGCGGCGGCAUGAGCGCGCCCGGCGACGCGCCCAACGCCGGCCAGUGGGGCCCGCCCGCCGCCGCGCCCCUCAACAUGAUCCAGGGCCACAACGGCCAGAUGGGCGGCCCGCCCAUCAACAUGCCCAUGGCCGGGCCCAACAUCAUGCAGGGGUACCAAGGCUGGGGCACGUCGCCGGGGCAGACGUCGUACGCGGGGUACGGCGCGGCGGGCGGCGCGGCCGGGCCGGGCUCCUACCAGGGCUGGGGCGCGCCGCCGCAGCAGGCGCCGCCGCACGCGCCCGCCUGGCCCGCCAACAACAACUACUCCCAGCACACGCAGCCGCCCCAGCAGGGCUACGGCAGCUACGGUUCGUACGUGCCGCUGUCGGAGGGCGGCGAGAUGUACGGGCGCUCGGGCGGCGGCGGCGCGCCGGCGCUCACCGGCGCGCUCUCCUCCGCCGCCGCGCUCUCCAAGUCCUCCUCCGCCGACUACUCCUCCUACCAGCAGUACCCGCCCGCCUACCAGCAGGACCAGGGCUCCUCGUACGGCGGCUCGGCGCGCGCCUACAGCUCCGAGUACCACGCGAGCGCGCCGCCGCCCGCGCAGCAGCCAGAGGGCGAGGCCGCGGGCGCCCCGGCCGGCAGCCCCAAGUUCUUGGCCGUGCAGAUGAGCGACGGCACGCCGCCCCAGGUGCCCAUGAUAUACUGUGGUGCCAUGGUGUCCCCCCAACAGUCGUUUUGUAACGUGUCCGACAUCUCUGCGUCCGCAUCAGGUGACGAUUACGAGUAUACUGGGGGCUCAGGGGAUGGCUACCAGCGGUCUUCGAAGCGCGGCUACCACGGCGCGAGCUCGGGCUCCACUGCCGCGUCUUACCAUCCCUAUCGGCGUUAAUGAGUGACCUCCCUCCCAUCGAGGCGUCGAGCAUCAUCGGGUACCUAUAUGUAUACAAUCAGCUGACAACUGCUUGCAAAACUUCGUUUAGCAUUCUCAUUAAGGCGUCCGCUAUCUGGCGCGGGUGAGCGGGUUAACGAAAAAUAGUAUGAGCGCCGGUAACCAACGCGGAAGCGUGCGGUGGAUUUAACCUAUAAUAACCUAUAUAACCGCACGCGUGCGCCAGCUAGCGGAUGCCCUUAGACUAGGGGUCUCCUAACUUUUUGAUGCGAAGGCCAUGGCCAGACCUCCACAUUUUUCGCAGACUGUAGUUUGGAGACUCCAGCUUAAGACCACUAGUUCCAUAAUUAAGACGAGAGGGGACGAAGCCAUGUGGCCGUUUCUCCAUACAAACAUAGUAUGUAUUUUCCUCUUAGGAUAUUAAAAUUAUAGAAAAUAUUUUUAAGUAAUUUUAUGUAUACCUAUUACAUAAUCACGACAACCCUUUAGAUUUUAGGUAGCUAUGAUUUAUAUUACCUAUUAAACAACUGUACCGAUAUUCGGAACCUAAUAAUAAUAUUGAGAGUGGCAACACUGUAGUUAGUCGUAUUGUCCUUUUCCACAAUGUCAAAUAUCCUGGGAGGAAAAUGGGGACGUUUGUAUGGAGACGCGGCCGUCCACGAUCGUCUACACUACACUUUAGACUCUAAAGUAUGAACAAAUCAAGUAAAAGGUUUUUGUGGACAAAUUGAUGUCUACGUUAUAUUUAGCUGUUUAUUCGAUAUUGUCCAUAUACCUAGUCCGUAGAAAUGUUAACGGUUAUUUCAAAUCUAUCUGUUUUCUUUCCAUGUAGGUACUUUUUGUAUCUAAAUGAAAGGCAGUUGUCAAUUUACUAAACUUGUAAAAUAUUAUUAUACCUUACUUUCAAUGAAGGCAAUCAUUGUGUUUGUAAAUGUUGUUUAAAUGGGCGGGAGUAUAUAAGAACAUUCAAUGCAAACUAAAUUAUUUUGACGAGUCUUGUCUGUUGAUGAAAAUGUACCCAUUGUUGAUUCUGCGCUGAACCAUAUAUUCCAUGAAAUUGUGUAGAAAUUGUGCAAAUGUUUAGAACACACGCUAUUGAAGCCUGAUCUUAUAUACUUCUUGUCUCGUAUUUUUAAGUUAGUUUAGUUUUCUUUUGGACAUACAUUUGUGUAGCGUGGAUGAGAUGACUCUAACCAGUGAAUGUUUAAACACAUACCGAACCUUGUAUAAUUUAGAAUUGUUACAUAAAUAUAUUUCCUGUAAGCAGACACUAUUUUUCCGAUGUGUUUGAAGCGAUAGAGGUUUUGUGGGUUCAUAAUUUAGUGACAUCACGUUUAAAAAUGUUUUAGGCGUUUAAUGUUGCCAAGAAAUGUUGAAUGAAUCGGUAUUUUUUCUAUCAAUAUUACUUGUAGAUUUAAAAGUAACCAUAUCCAUGGUUUAAAAAUUAUUUGUAAUUGUUGCAUCAGUCUGAAAUGUAUGUUCUAACGUAAGUAAAUCGCCUAAAAAUCGUGUCCAAUAGACUGGUCGAGCUAGAAAUGCAUUUAUUGAUAAAAAAGACACAUCAAGUUCCAAUGACAUACCUAAAUAUCUAUAUUCCGUUUAACGAUGUCUUAUGACGGACCACAAUCAAAUGGUACCUCAGAUAGAUUAUUUGUGGUCAAAUCAGAUGUGUCCUCUGACGAAGCACCGGGUUCUCAUGUGUAUUUCUUUUAUUUACAAUAAAAGUAAUAAGUAAUUAUAAGUUUUAUUUAAAAUCACUGGCAGAAGACUGGCGGGCGCUCGGGCCUGCACUCCUCGACGACGGGUAUUAAUAACUAAACGGUAUUUUAUAAUAAUCCUUUUAUUUUUUAAUCAUUUUAAAAUACAUUUUAUACAACGCGCGUAGGUAGGCCUUGUGAAUAUAUUUAAAUACUGUAUGAAUAAAUUUUAAAAACAUCGGUAAGCAUGUAAUUAAAAUUAAUGUUUAUAUUUAUAUCGAUGUAAUAUAAAAUAGAUUUAAUGUACAUUAUCAUAAAGUUCUUAAUUAAUUUAAUAGACUUCGGACACAGGUGAACAGGCAUAGAGAUUGCUGAGAUUUAUAAUAUAGAAAUUAUCCUAGAUAUACUUACUUUAAUAUUACGCAUUAUAAUAAAGAGGUUUAACAGUUCGCACGCAGGAUUACGUUACGUUAGAUUAGCACUUAUGGACCAUGAUCGAGUAGUUAGACGCAUUCACUAUUUUUUUAACUCUUAAUUCUAAGUAUUCUAUUUUGGCUUAGAAUUUAAUAAUGGUAAAAACAUGUUCUUGCAAUAGAGUAAUAGAAUACGAAAAUUCUUAUGUAUAAUCUGAAUAAAUUAUGUAAAGAGAA